ACCAACUCCACAAAAUUCGCCGUGGAAAUAGAAGAAAACAUUGCCGCGUUAACACCAAAAGAUCUUCUUAGUUUUCUCCGCGUUAUUCUCGUCCGUACCCCUAGAUCGCUCAUUUAUUAUCUAAACCCCUUCCACCGUCCAUCGGCUUUCCGCUUCCCGUUGUCUUUCAUUUUCCAUUUCCUUUUGUUUUCUAAUUUUUUUAAUCUUUCAGAGUAGUUCAGAGAGUUCGCUUUCAGGCUAUAAAUUGAACUAUUCAAGAGAAUACAAUGCAUUUGUAGGCAUCUGAACACUUUUAAUUUCAUAUAUUUUGUGUGCACUAAGGAUGAAAGGGGGAUUUUAUGGAUUGCGGGGUAAACAACUCUCUCUCAUCCUCCUUGUUCUUGUGUGCACAACCAUUCUUAUUUGGGCAUGGGAGAAAACCCCGCUUCUUACAACCUUACUUCCACCUCAGAAUCGCUUGUUGCAGCUGUAUCCAGGUCCUGCUUUAGAAAGCUCGUCAAAACCACCAAUACAUAAGAACAAAGAUAUAUCUACUUCUCCGGAAGACAAAGAAGUGGUGAAUGGCCAAGAAGAAAAAGCUUUUAGUUUAGUAGAUCAGUCGAAUCCUGAAAAAAGCUCCCCUGGAAUUUGGAACAGUGACAGCAAUGUGAUAACUCCCUCUGAUGAGAAGAAAGGAGAUCCCAUAAAUGUCCCCAAAGAAGAAUCCAGAGACAAUAGAGUGCCAGAAGGAAAGAGUAGUUCAAAAAAAGCAGAAGAUGUGGAUUUGGUUGUAGCAGCACCAAUAAGCUCUGCGAAUAAAAGCUCUUCACUAGAGGGAAAAGAAUAUAAAAAUUCAACAAUAAGUGCAGGAAAUCAAGCCUGUAACUAUGCUAUAGGAAAAUGGGUUGAGGAUGAUAGUCGGCCUUUUUAUUCUGGGUUUGAAUGCAAGCAAUGGCUAUCGCCAAUGUGGGCUUGCCGGUUGACGCAGCGCACAGAUUUUGCAUAUGAGAAGUUUCAGUGGCAGCCAAAAAAUUGUAAAAUGGACAAAUUUACAGGGUCAAACUUCUUGAGAAGGAUGCAGGACAAAACCCUAGCUUUUAUUGGGGAUUCAUUGGGCAGACAGCAGUUCCAAUCUCUAAUGUGCAUGAUCACGGGUGGUAAGGAAAGUCCUGAUGUCACUAGCGUGGGAUGGAAGUAUGGUCUGGUCAAAGCUCGUGGUGCUCUACGCCCUGAUGGGUGGGCAUAUUGGUUCCCAGGCACCAAUACUACCAUCCUCUAUUACUGGUCAGCAAGCCUCUGUGACUUGGAACCACUUAACAGCACGAACCCAACCACAGAUUAUGCCAUGCACCUUGAUCGGCCACCGGCAUUCCUGCGUAGAUUCCUUAACAAGUUUGAUGUUCUGGUUCUCAACACAGGACACCAUUGGAACAGAGGGAAGCUUAAGGCAAACAAGUGGGUCAUGCAUGUAGGAGGUGUGCCCAACACUGAUACAAAGAUAGCAGAAAUUGGAGGGGCAAAAAAUCUCACCAUCCACAGUAUUGUCAAGUGGGUAGACUCACAGCUCCCAAAAUAUCCAGGCUUGAAAGCAUUCUACAGGACUAUCUCUCCUAGGCAUUUCUUUAAUGGGGACUGGAACACAGGAGGGAGCUGUGACAACACCACCCCUCUGUCUGAUGGGAAAGAAGUUUUAAAAGACGAAUCUCUGGAUCCUGUUGCAGUGGCAGCUGUGAAGGGGACGAGGGUUAAGGUCUUGGACAUAACAGCAUCAUCGCAACUUAGAGACGAGGGUCAUAUAUCUCGGUAUAGCAUCAGAGCCACACCAGGAGUGCAGGAUUGUUUGCACUGGUGUUUACCCGGCAUUCCUGAUAUGUGGAAUGAAAUCCUCUUUGCACAGCUUUAGUCCAAGGAAGCGGCUGCAGAACGAAGAAUCCCCAUGGCAUGCCUUGGAAUAAUAGGUGCUAUCUCGACGCUCAAACCAAUAGCAAAUAUUGAAUACUGCACUUCUCCACGGGAUACAAUCUCAUAGGAUAUUGACCUCAUUUUUUCACUAUUUUUUGUGCUGUAUCACUAUCUUAGGCCUAGAAGGGCCUGAGAAGGAGAGAAGGGUGGGUGGGGGUGUUGGAGAAGAUGAUGGGCAGAAAAAAAAAAUCGAGAAAUUGUAACAGAAACCAGAGUCUCAACACCCAAAAAUUGGAUUAGAAUUUUAGAUCAAUGUUGCAAUAUAUAACAAUUUCUUCCCCCAUAUAUAUAACAAUCAAUAUAGAGAUGCUAAAUGAAGGGAAUUUAAUUUCA